AUGCUCUUCUUCAGCUUCUUCAAAACACUCGUAGACCAUGAAAUCACCGUCGAACUCAAGAACGAGGUCUGCAUCCGCGGCACGCUGAAGAGCGUCGACCAAUACCUGAAUAUCAAGCUGGAUAAUGCCGAGGCGACGGAUGAGCUGAGAUGGCCGCAUCUGUGCUCGACGCGCGACAUGUUCAUUCGAGGAUCCGUCGUCCGAUACGUACACCUACCCAGCGGCGCUGUGGAUACGGCGCUAUUGGAGGACGCGACGAGGAGAGAGGCGGAGGCGGCGAAGAACAAGGCGAACGCUACGCCUUCCACCCCUUCCUCGACUUCCUCCUCCACCCCCACGACCACAACAUCGCUCCCCAGCCCGGGAACCGCGCAGCCCCUCGAGGCUCACCCAACGGAGAGGUCUAAAAUGGUUGCCAUCCCCGUCGCCUUGGUCGGCAUGCUCCUAAUCGUCGGUGGGCUUGCGUACUCUCUCCACAGGCGAAAGAAGCAUCAGCGCACUAAGGGUGGUUCUAUUAGAAAGAAGAAGAGGGAGUCGGGAAUUGGGGAGGAGCAUCAGGAGCCGGGCAUGGGGAAUAAUGCGACGGUUGUAGCGAGACUGCCUGUGGCGGAGCUGCCGAGGGAUAAUAGGAAGUGGACGGAUAGGGGGUAUAGGGAGUACCGGAGCAGCAACGCCGGGAGGGCUUAG